CUUUCUUAUCAUGGGCCGGAUCGGAGGUGGCGUCUGCUUAUCGGGAAACUGGCAGACAAAACCACCUGUGACUCGAGCCAUGACAAAUUAAAACACAGCAGCGUCAUUUUCUGCCAGCGGGUUAUUUUGCGUUGCUUUGGUUCCCAAAAGCAGCAAUUGACCUAAACUCAUCCUUUGACAAUGGCAUUUCGAUUGUCCCUUCGAUCCUCUGCGAGCUUGGCCCGCUGCGUCGCCAGGACCAGCGGCUCGCGCGCUUUUGCGUCCAGCGCCGGCGUCGGCAAGUCGAGUCUGGCCGACAGCGUCAAGAGCGAAAUUGCACGCGAUGCUGCUCUGCCGAACCCAGACCCUGCGGACGACUCCCCCAGCGCUGCUCUUGUUGCCGAGCAUGCUCCCUACAUGGUUGCAACCUAUAGCCGCCCGCCGCCUGUCUUUGUACAGGGUGAAGGAUCAUGGCUAUACGAUAUCGAGAACAGAAAAUACCUCGACUUUACAGCUGGCAUUGCCGUGACGGCCCUCGGACACUCAGACGAGGGCUUUACCAGAAUCAUUGCCGACCAGGCCAAGACGCUUGUGCAUGCGUCCAACCUGUACUAUAACCCGUGGACAGGAGCGUUGUCGAAGCUCCUCGUUGAGAAGACACUCGAGUCCGGCGCCAUGCACGACGCUGCCAAGGUGUUUGUAUGCAACUCUGGAUCCGAGGCCAACGAAGCUGCUCUCAAGUUUGCUCGUAAAGUAGGCAAGGAGCUCGACCCCUCGGGCAACAAGACGGAGAUUGUGUCGUUUAACAAUGCCUUCCACGGCCGCACGAUGGGCGCGCUCUCGGCCACCCACAACCCCAAGUACCAGAAGCCCUUCUCACCCAUGGUCCCGGGAUGCAAGCUUGGAACGUACAACGAUAUUGAGGGCAUUGAUGCUCUUGUGACGGAGAAGACUUGUGCUGUUAUCGUUGAGCCGAUCCAGGGCGAGGGAGGCGUGCAGCCUGCGACUGACGAGUUCCUUGUUGCGCUGGCCAAGCGUGCCAGACAGGUUGGAGCCGUGCUCAUCUAUGAUGAGAUCCAGUGUGGUAUGGGCCGUACCGGCCAACUAUGGGCUCACGGACAUCUGCCUAAGGAAGCACACCCGGAUAUCCUGUCUACAGCGAAGGCCCUGGGUAACGGUUUCCCUGUCGGCGCUGUACUUGUCAACGCCCACGUUGCUGACAAGAUUAAGGUUGGCGAUCACGGAACCACAUUUGGCGGAAACCCCGUGGCGUCCCGUAUUGCCCAUUACAUGGUCAGCAGACUCUCAGACCCUACUCUUCAGCAAGAGGUUCUCGCCAAGUCCGAGGUCUUCAAGGCGGGCUUCCGCAAGCUCCAGGAAAAGUUCCCCGAGCUUGUCAGUGAGAUUCGUGGACGUGGUCUUAUUCUCGGUCUGCAGCUUACUGAGGAUCCUACGCCGAUUAUCAAGGCUGCCAGAGAACGUGGCCUGUUGAUCAUUACGGCUGGAACUAACACGGUGCGCUUUGUACCCAGCUUGACUAUUACCGAGGGGGAGAUUCAGACGGGUCUUGAUAUUCUUGAAAAGGCGAUUACAGCCACCCGGUGAUUUUAGAGCAGGCAUGAAGUACCUAGAGAGUUAAUUUCUUUUUGGCGUUUGGGACUAUUCGCAUCUAGAACACAAAAAUAAAGGAUGAUGAGAAUGUUUGUAAACAAGUUGUAUUGGCAUCAUGAUAUUUCGCUGCUUAUGUUGUGUAUAUGGAAAAUAAGAUUAUAGACAUGUGAAUCGUACAAGAGGCUACGGCACAUUUAGCAAAUGGCGUGAGUCUUGCCAUGCUUGCCCUGAAGGGAGUGCUUCUCGCCCUUGAAGUCGUGCUUCUUGUGAGAAGGAUCCUUACCCUUGCCAUGAGCGGCAACGUGAGUCUUGAUGUACUCCUGCUGGCGAGCAACGGUUUCGCGGUCAGUCUUCUCGAGGAGGCCGAUGCAGAGCUUAAUGUCGCAAAUGAGGGAGUCGGCACGAGCGCGAGAGAAAUCCUCACGGACAACAACGCGAAGCAUCUUCAAUCCGUCCGUGUUGGGGGCCAUGGUGUAGGCGGGCACGACCCAGCCACGGGCUCGAAGGUGGGCAGCCAAGGCGAACUCGUCGUAGUGGCGGUCGGCAGUACCGCCCUCCUCCUCGGUCUUGAAGCGGAAUGCAACAAGCGGAAGACCCUUGCCAGACUUCUCAGACAUGAUGACGAAGCCACUCUCCUCAAGAUUCUCGGUGAGGUAAUCGGCGGUUCGGAUAAGGUUGCUCAUGAUGGUGCGGUAACCGUGCUUACCGAGGCGGAUAAGCUGGUAGUACUGGCCAAUGACCUGAGAAGCACCCUUGGAGAAGUUGAGGGUGAAGGAAGACUGCUCAGCACCGAGGUAGUUGAUGUUGAAGACGAGAUCCUGGGGGAGGUACUCCUGGGCGCGCCAGACAACCCAGCCGACACCAGGGUAGACAAGACCGUACUAUUAAGCAUUGUUAGAAAGGCAGCUCAGUUGUUGUCUGUUGGGGGUUAUAUAGCUUACCUUGUGUCCAGAAACGUUGAUCGAGACAACCUUCUCCAGGCGGAAAUCCCAUUCCAGGUCAGGGCUGACAAAGGGAGCGACGAAACCACCACUGGCGGCGUCAACGUGAAUGGGGACAUCGAGCUUCUUCUCAAUGAGCAGAUCGUUGAUGGCCUUGGUGUCCUCGUAUCCACCGGUGUAUGUCGUGCCAAGAAUGGAAACGAUACCAAUGGUGUUUUCGUCGCAGAGGUCGACAGCCUCCUUGGGGUCAAUGAGGAAGCGGUCUCUGGUGCAGAAGACGUACUUCUCGUCGAUCUCGAAGUAGCGAGCAGCCUUCUCCCAGCAGACCUGCACAGCAGAGGACAUGAUGAUGUUGGGAGACUCGGUGCUCUUACCCUCGGCCUGGCGGCGCAUCUUCCACUUGCGCUUCAUGGCAAGGACAGCAAGCAUGAUGGCCUCGGAAGAGCCGACGGCAGAAGUACCGACGGCGGUGCCCUCAGAGGGGGCGUUGAAAAGGUCAGCAAUCAUGUUGACGCAACGGGCCUGGAUAUCGGCAGACUGGGGGUAUUCUUCGUAAUCGAUGAAGUUCUUGCUGAAGGACUCGGUCAUGAGCUUCUCGGCUUCCUCUUCCUGCGGGGUUGUUAGUAUGCAAGCAUGCCGCCGUCGGUUUCGACAUGAGAAACAAUCGGCUUACCAUGUAUGUGGUAACAAACGAGGCCAAGCUAUAAAAGAAAAAUUGGUUAGCUAUGUCCAGUAAAUAAGACACUCGAUUGGGGCUUAUCCACCACAUACUUGAGCUUGGGGUUACCAUCGAGACUGAGCUCGUCCUUGAUCAUGCGGUAGGCAACAUCACGGGGCAUCUCGUGCUCGGGCAUCUUGUGCUUGGGAAGCUGCUCCUGGGCAAACUUGGAGCCGUAGAUAGUGGUGGUGAAGUUGUCAUCGCACUCCGUCAAGGAGAGGUUGCUGAGCUUCUUGUCGACGUCAUCGCCGUUCUGGACAGCAGAGAGAUGGACCAUGGUGGGCUACUAGGAAUUGAAGAAGAUAGAAAAGGUUUUGGGUAUGGAAAGUGUUUGUAGAGUUCCUCUACAAACACAGAGGGACACUGAGAUGAAGGACAAAAAAAGAAUGCAACGGGAGACCAGGCGGUGGGCGGGCUUUGGCGUAAAUAUACGGACAGGAGAUGGCCAAGCUAUUGAUGCAGCAGCUGGCAGCUGUGCAGGUGGGGUCGCUUAGGGAGGGGCACAGCGCUGUGAGGGGUAGCCAAGGCGAUGGGAUCGAAGCUUGGGCACUGCCAAGGUUCUCUUCUUCCAGAGUUGCAAGCUACAGCUCGAACACGUUUACGAGGAUGACGCGCUAGCUGUGGUUUACUAUAGGAGAUGUCAACUUAAUUUCCUAGUGUUCUUCUGUAUAUACUGAUUUCUUAAUAGCACUCCAUUCUCACCCUCUGCAUUGAAGCGGCACACGCACACACACACGUACACACAUCCAGAGAGAAACGGGACAGCAACGAAUUGCUUCGUCCCCAAUGCGAUAACCAAGGAAGAUACAAAAACGCCGGGCCCAAUGCCAGGAUUUGUUUUAGCCACAGCACCAGUACUGGUCUCUUGCUGCAAGCCUCCGGAACACUCGGCUUUGGUCUCUUCAUGCCACAACCCCAGCCUUAGCGCUCUGAUUCGUGGCGGCCUCUGGCUUCCACCAACCAGGCCCUUGUCUUCAGCGGGUCGGUCGGCAUUACGGUGUCUUUCACUGGCAAGCUUGGUGCAUUCAUCGAUCUUGGUGGGGCGCCUUGAUGUCUUCUUCUGAGACCUCUACGGAGAGAUCGGCCAGUCCUUGUCUACAUGUUAAACCCCGGUCCAUGAUGCCUACCGCCACCGAAUUUGCCUGGGCCGCAAGCUGGUGUAUUGGACGACAGGGGAUCAUUCGACCAAGUAAUUGAACUUGUACUUGUGAAUCAAAGAUUGGAUUAUUCUAGUGUGUCUAUGCAUGUUUUUUAUUUUGCUAGUUUAGUCAUCGGCAGCAGGGCCUGUCAAUCCACUUGCAACACCCUGCAUUCUGCGACUGAGCAGAUCAUCGGUGCUGUUCAACUUGACCAGACUCUUAUGCUUGCUCAGCUUCGUUCUGGGUUUAUCAACCUCGUCAUCCUUUAUAUCUUUAUUUCUCGCCCCGUGGCAGUUUUCCUCGGGCGAGUUGGAUCUGCUCGAGUUUCCUCGGCUCUUGAUUUUGGUCAUUCCAAUCUCCAAUGGUCGGUCCUCGUCUCCACUGGACUCUGCAAGGUUAUGCUGGCGAGCGGUGUCGUCAUUGCGAGAGCUUCGGCGCGCUGCCAUUGAGCUGCGAGCUUUGCGGCGACGAGCUUGCUCGGCCUCAAUGAAGAGUUGGUUGAACCAGCCAGCACUACGUUCAAAGUGUUUCCAUGCAGGCGGGUAGAUACCUGGGAAUUGCAUGAAACCAUGUGAUGUUCCAGGGAUAAGAAGCACUUCAGGUAGCUCUUCAGCUGCGGCCCGUGCCUCAGCCAGAUACGUUCCAGAGGCUGUCGGUCUAGCAGCUGCCUCCUUGGCACGUCUCAAGCGACCAGCAAAAAUGACCGUGUCAUCCACCAGAGGAUCGCGCUCUCCAGUCAUAAAGUAUGUCUUGGGGAACUUGGCGAGGAGGUAUUCUGGCGCAAGGACAGGGCUAAGGAAGUAGUCUUGCGAAAAGUCUGGUCUGUUAUGAGGGCCAAUGUACAAGAUGAUCAUGGCUCUCAUCAUUUCUGGGGUGAGCACUCGGUCGUUCACGUAUGAAAUCAUGGAAGAGGUAGCCAAACGUGUCGUCAGAGGCUCAGAGCGAUGGGAUACCACGCCUUCUUUGCCGUCUGGUGUCUUAUCAGUGGCAAGGGUUUGUGGUCGACUGUGGGAGAAUUCAGGGCGAGUGCCGCGCAGCUGCUCCAAAGGAUCCGACGCUUGGGCAGUACCGUUUUCGGGCUCAAGUUUGUCGUCCUCUUCGUCAGAGUGGUGGGGUGUGCCAACCAAGUCAUUGUAUUGUCUACUCUUCUUGCGAACAAUGAGACGGUUGGUUUUGCGCAUCGUUUUAUCCCGGAUCAAUGACAUUUGCUCGUCCGUCAUCCAGUUGCCAAUAUUCAUAUCCAACGCAGGAUAGAAGCAGACCAGUCCGUCUGGCACUGGUAGACUGGUACCCCGUGGAGCACGUCGAAAAGGUGUGCUCGAUGUUUCAAGAAUCAUGAGUGUGGCAGCAACUGCCAGAUUACCACCCGCGCUGUCGCCAGUGAUGAUGACUCUCGGAGUGUCUUUUCCAGACAUGCCAAUGCAUUUGCCCUUGGUUCGAAUCAAGGUAGCAUACACGUCAAAGCACUCAUUCAAGGCAUACGGGUAGGGAUACUCUGGUGCUUUUCGGUAGUCAAGACUCAAAAUGGGGAGACCGGAUUUAGACGCCCAGGCAAAGAGCUUGUCAUCGUUGCAGCGAGGAUCCAUGGCAACAAAACCUCCACCAGGUAUAUCGAGGAUCAACUUUGUAUGGUGUUCCAAGUCGGCAAGCGGACCAUCGUAGUAGAGCCAAGCAGACACAGGUUCCUUGUAAUCGCUGUUUGAUGGGCGGGGUAUUCUGACCUGUCGAGGUGGCCAUUUCGUAAAUCGAGGACGCAUUAAAGUCUGGAGUACCUUGAGAUACGGGGUGGUUCCUUUGUUCCAAGCCACUCGUAGAUGGUCGACUGUAAUAGCACCGCGGACUUUGCGGACCUUUUCAUCAGCUCGCUCCGCAGCAACGAGGUAGAACAGGGAGAAGGAAAUGCUGCAAAUGUCGCGGAGCCACUUCAUGCGAAUGGGCAUGGCAGUCCAAAAGCCAGCAUCCAUGGCGGUCAAAACCCAGGUGGCGCGGAAAUACGUUGGAUCGUACAUGUUGGCCAUUGGCUCCGGACCUGCGAGGCCAACAAGGGCACUAAAGUUGCGAGCCGCAUACAUGGACAAGAUGGACAUGGCGAACACCUGCCACGAGGUGAGAUAUCUGCCAAAGAACUUGGAAAGCUUCUCAAUGCCAGGUGGUCCAUGUUUACCUCCACUAUAGGGUUUUGGUUAGCUUUUGAAUAUUUCCAAGAGCGUGAGAUUAAGUCCUACCGGUAAAGAUAAAACGACCAGAACGAGAGAACGGCGAGGACUUGCAGCCGCCUCGACUUGGACGACGGCCGCCCUAGCACAUGGUCAAUCAUUGCUUAUCUCUGUACAAGUAACAAUGGCUUGCGACCGCGCUGUUAGUAGACUGCUUGAAAGUGGUGGUCCCAAGGGCUCAGUUUAAAGCAUAUUUCGAAGGGUAUGACAAGAGGAUAUGAGACUGGAAAUUGGAGGGCUGAGCUAGGCUGUGUCGGACUCGAAGCAGUAGCUUGGACAGUUCCGUAAAAGUCAAAGCUGAAGUCCCAAGUGGCAAUUUGACACUGAAUCCCCAGCUUAGGUGUAGAGCCUUGACGCGUUUGAGAGAAAUGGCGAUAGCGGCAACGGAAGCAACACGAGGGCGGAUUUACGGAAGGGAUGGCGUGGGUAUUAAGUGUGAUGUCUGGGGGCGGCUUAUGCGCUGCAGCUUGUGAAGGAAGCGUAAUAGAAGGCAGGGGUCAACCUCAAGAAGCAGUGACCCGCGUGACGUCGUAAAUGGAGAAUAAUUUGGCAGCGCCUUGAAAAGCCCUAUUGUUUGCUGACGGGGUU